CUGGGCAGCCAGCCCUCCCCUUCGCUCAGCUACACCGGCAGCUUCUUCAUCAAAGCAGUACCAGAGCAUCCCCAGGAUCAGGAAUCCCUCUUCAACCUGAUGUCGGGAAUCCUGGGCAUCUCCCCCUUCUCCUCCUCCGAGGGCCACCAAAGGCACCUGGAUGCUCCUUACCCCUGUCCCGAGGUGGCUCAGAGCCAGUUGGACCUUUACACCGCCUCCUGCCAACCCGAAAUGAACGGAUCCACCCAAACCCCUUUCCCGGAGCAGGAUUACAGCGGUUUCCCAACGACGGAGGGUCCUCAAGCCCUCCAGGCACAACCCACCUUGGGGAACACCUCCCAGUGCUUCUUCCAAAAAAAACUCCUGGACAACAAGCAGGACAUCAAGCUACCUUCUGGUUCCCCGCCUCUGGACAAGUUUAAACCUUCCUGUGCCCAGUGGGAGCCCAUCACCCCACAUCAAGCCUACUUGCCCACCGGCUACCAUUCUCCCGAAGCCUUCCCAGCUGGAGAGAGCAGCCAAGGGAUGUUCCACCCAUUGGGCUCCAAGAUGGAGAGCGUCUUGUCCGUCAGCUGCCCGUCGGAGCUGGGCAGCCUGGCAGAGGAUGCUGCCUGCUUCGGUGCCCAGCUGGGCUUCGGCUGCGAGCCAGAAAAUUUCCCAGCCCGCAGGGAUUUUGUCGACACCAAGAUCCACAACCUCCCUCCUGGGUUAAUGCCGGAGUUUGACACCUCCUUGGCCCAACCUGACGUCCUGCCGGGUUUGAUGAGUUCUGCUGAGCUUCUCCAUCCUCACCCCUCACCUUCUGUUCCCCCCACGGACUUUUUGGGCCACCCCAGCUCUUCCUCCAUCUCCUCCAUCCCUUCCCUGCUGCCUACCAACCCUCCCACCUUGGUGGAACCCAAGAAGAAGACUCGCCGGACCAAAUGUUCUUCUAAAUGUUUCUGCCCAAAACCCCACGAGAAAGCUUUCGCUUGCCCGGUGGAGAACUGCAUCCGGAGUUUCGCCCGCUCGGAUGAGCUCAAUAGGCACCUCCGCAUCCAUACGGGUCACAAACCCUUCCAGUGCCGCAUCUGCUUGAGGAACUUCAGCCGUAGCGACCACCUCACCACCCACAUCCGCACCCACACCGGCGAGAAACCUUUCUCCUGCGACACCUGUGGCCGCCGUUUCGCCCGAAGCGACGAGAAAAAACGACACAGCAAAGUCCACCUGAAGCAAAAAGCCCGCACGGAGGAAAAACUCAAAGGUUUGGGCUUCUUCUCAGUGGGUCUCGCCUUCGGGACAUUGUGA